AGAAAUGUCAGACGUGUCAGUUGCCAUAGUAGAAUUACGGCAGACUGCUGUAAUAGAUCAAAACUUACUGUCUCCACAUGCCUAUGACCUGGUAAUCUUGGAUGAACCAUCUACAAGCUCUGAUGUACCUAAUUAUAAAGAUGCACAGCCUUAUCCAGUGAAGAAACGAACAACAGUGGGUGGUCAUCGUGUUAGAGGCACGGUCAUCAAGCUUCCUUCAUUCCAUAUCAAAAACCUUUCGGCCAGUUUGAUUGACUGCGUUCUCGGAGAACUGCUUCUAAAAACCGGAACAAAUUUUCGCCGAACAGUUCCUAUACCAUUAUGGGAAGACAAGAAUGGCUCGUCGGCUAUUCCAGGGACGAUUCUCAUGUGUGCGCCAAUGCAAACCAAAGACCGUGUUUCUUAUCGGUACGGUCGCUUGGAGAAUCUAGCUAAACUGGUGAACAUGUGCAUACAAACGCCUGAAGAUUUUGAUACACAGACGAGACAUAUGAUACUGCGAAUUGAGGAAUGGCUGGGUUACUCACAGAAGGUCAACGCGUACUUUCUAUCAUCCUUGUUUUUGAAGCCAUGUGCCAAAAGUCGAGUGAUCCGAUGUUGCCAUAAUCCAGCCUAUGUGGGUAAUGAAAUCGAAGGAUGCGUCAGGAAUGUGUCUAGUAGUGUACGCAGUGUUUCAUCAUCAGUGGAUCUUGAUGAAAAAGUGCGCUACGGAAAUUUGUGUCGAGUCGAAAUGAUUACUUACGACAAGUACAAUACAUUCGUGAUGAAUCCAUUAUUCGAUAGUGGAUUGGGGCUUGGUGAUGACGAUGAGGGCUCCAACUAUUUUAUUGCUUCGGCUAAACGCACAAUAAGAACUUCAUCUGGGACCUCAAUCUCAUCAGAUGAUUGGUCAAGAAAUUAUCCAUUGCAUCGCGCUGCCUAUGUGGGAGACGCGGCGACAAUAGAGUCACUAAUAGCUCUUGGUUAUGAUGUGAAUCAAGCCGAUCGUGAUUCCUGGACACCGCUUCAUUAUGCAGCUUUUUAUGAACACUUAGAUGCGAUGAGAGCGCUAUUGAACAACGGGAACGCUAAUGUAAAUGUGCAGAACAAAGGUGGAGCAACCGCACUUCACUUUGCCGCGCUCAAUGGAAAUGCCUUUUUGGUAGAACUAUUGCUUAGUCAUCCCGGAGUUGACACCAAUCUGCGAAAUCGAGAUGGAAAUCGUGCUGUAGACUUGUGCAAAGACGUGCCUAAGAAAGCAUGGCAAGAUGUGGCAAAGCUGCUGAUGAAUUGGAAGAAAAUUGAAAAAAUACAGGUUGAUUUCCUAUCUGCUGGGAACGUUAUGGUGCAGCUGAGAGACGGCAUAGAAACUACGGCUAGUUCCAUUUUGGCAGAAAUUGGGCAAGAGAUAAAGAUCGGCCCAAGCAUGCUAAAACUGUUUGCGUUGUGGGUGUGCUCAGAGAGUUUGAGUCUCCAGCUAAAGCCCGAUCACAAACCGUUAGCUCAUCUCAACGUGAAAAAAUGGCGUGCUAAAGUUGACAAAUGGACGGACCAGAUGAACUCGACGGAGAAGCCGCGAUUGGUGAUGAGGCGCAGCGCACACGCUACGCUUGCCGCAGAACUGCAGGCUAAAAGCGACGAGUUUGGCAUGACGUUGCUGUACGAGGAAGCACGCCAGAAUUUUCUUAACGGAUAUUAUCCUUGCAAUGAGGAGGACAUCAUAUACUUGGCAGCGGUUUCAACAAAAAUACUCUACGGGAACGUAACGAAGAGCGACAAACUUGACCUUAGUCGCAUCUUCCCCUCUUAUCUAAUUUCCUCGAAGGAGAAGGGUUCAGAGCUGCGGAGCAAAGUUAGCAAGGCAUUAAAGGACGUCAAAUCAAGGAACGUCACUCACCUCCAGCAUGAGUUCCUUUCCUGCUGUCGCCAAUUUCGAACCUACGGCUCAACAUUUUUCUUAUCCGAAGUUUACAUGUCACAGCCGCAUGUGUCUCACUUACGGGCUUAUUGCGGUGUGAACGACUAUGGCUUGCACUUAAUCAAUUCGAAAUCUAUGGCGCUCGUCAUAUCGUACGACCAUCGUGAGUUGAAGUGGACCUACGAGACCGGUAAACCCUUCCUGGAAAUCUUUGCCAGAGCUUACAGACAUCAGCUGACAAUACGGAGUCCUCAGGCUGCAUAUAUCUACAUGCUUUUGAGCAAACUCGGCCAAACAAGCAAUCACUAUGCCGGCCGAUGAAGCAUUAAAAAUACGGACACCCUUUCUCAUAAUGGUUAAAGUUCUAAAUCAAAAGUUUCCUAUGAGAGAAGACCUUAAAGCAACAUUUUGCCAUCCUCUAAUUGAUAGAAUCAUUCCAUUUUCGGUUUGAAGAUUAUUAUUAUUUAUGUUCUCAGUUUGCUUUACAUCAUUAUUUGUACAUUUUUUUAUAAAGUACUU